AUUGCUUGUCAUGUAAUGGAAAAGGAUACAUCUAUACGUCGGGACGAACAAGACCGGGGUCGUAUUAUCAAUGCAACAAAACGUGUAGCAAGUGUAAAGGAAAAGGAAAGUAUCUUCCCGAACGAGAGAAGUAACUUUGUUGUGAAACUGCAAGUCGGAGAACACAACGGUGGGUAUCAAGUGUUAAAAGGACAGGGAAAUCAAUACCCCGGACAAGAGGCGGGGGACAUCAAAUUCAAAUUUGUGGAGCAGAGACAUCCCGUUUUCAGAAGAAGCGGAAACGAUUUGUAUAUGGAAAAGACAAUUGGACUUGGACAGGCACUCACUGGUUUAUCUUUUGUGGUGAAACAACUAGACGGAAGAGAGUUACUUCUCGGUUAUAAUGAUGUGAUCCAACCAGAGACAACACUUGAGGUAAAGGGGGAGGGAUUCAUUCAACCAUUAUCGUCAACACGGGGAGAUCUGUUCAUCAAAUUCACGGUAAUCUUCCCAAAGAUAGAGGAAAUUCAGAAAAACUUAGAAGAGCUUAAAAAGGUGUUGCCAUUUACUGAAGGAAUGGUAACGCGAACGGGAAAUCAAACACCAUUAUUAAUGACUCGUUCGACGAACAAAGGAUUCCCAGAACAGAAAAAGAACGAAAAGCGCAAACAAAAGAAGAAACACUACGACUUCUUUGAUUUGGAUGGGGACAGUAUUUUCUAUUGA